ACCGGCCUAUCGGCUCAGACACAACUGGACAGCACCUCAAUAUCCAUAUCGGAAAUCGGUGUCAGAAUACGAGAGCUCAUCAAAAGCGAUGCCCUGAAACACCAGUUUCGGAGGGCCAACAGCGCACUGGAGGGGUCGUGCGAUUACGCCCUGAGCCCCGAGAACCUCGAUAAGAACCGGUACGGCAGGUGGGGGUACGGCGUCCCAUACGAUGCCACUCGAGUCGAGCUCCACAUUGUGGACAAGGAGGCCAACAGCGACUACAUAAAUGCGAGUCACGUGGACGGGUACCGGAGCGCCGGCAGGUAUAUCGCAUGUCAGGGCCCACUCGAGCACACAGUGGGCGACAUGUGGCGAAUGGUGUGGCAGUACGGCUGCGCACAAGUGGUUAUGUUGACCAACAGUCGCGGUCCACACGACUGGCACUGCGCUAAGUAUUGGCCCGAAUGGGGACCGGUGUGUGAGCCUACAGUUUAUGGGAACGGUAUUAAAGUUAGGCCAACGGGCAGGCAAGUGGCCGAUGGCUACACUGUUCGCACAUUUCAAGUGGAAAGGGAUGGAGAAGAUGCCCGAGAAGUGGUUCACUAUAACUACACGGGUUGGCCCGAUUGGGGCGUUCCUGACUGUAGCCACUCGUUCCUACCGUUCCUCAAACGGGUCAGAGCUGACAAACAGUACACGUCGAGAAAGCCUAUUGUAGUGCAUUGCUCGGCCGGCAUUGGGCGCACCGGUAGUUUCAUUCUCAUUGAUACUAUGCUAGAGAUGGCUAAUGAGGAGAAGAGGAUCGACCCGUUGAAGCAAUUGUUGCACAUAAGGGAACAGCGGAUGAAUUUGGUUGAGGCCAUAGAACAGUAUGUGUUCGUACAUCAAGUCCUUAUGGAAGCCCUG